CAUCCUGCUCCAUUGUCUCGGCAGCCCAGUGAAUCUGCUAAGUAUUUGUAUUUAGGAAUUUCUUUUAUAUGGGUGUUAAACAAAAAUCUUUCCACACAGGCCAAAAGCUUUUCUGAAAGAAAGGGUUUAUGGAGCCAAAUGCUAGUCAGAAAAGGAGCCGGUCCUGGAACAUGCAGCUGAAAACCCCGGCAGCAGAGCUGGAUGGAGAAGGCAGUGUGUCUGCCUUCCUGGAGCUGCUGGGCUCUUUCAUGCCUCAUGUUCUGGGGAAGACAAAUAUAAACAGAGAUGUCAAUAACCCCAUGCCUAACCGAGGAGGCAAUGGACUAGUUCCUGGGGAUGACAGAUUCAAACCUGUGGUACCCUGGCCUCAUGUUGAAGGAGUAGAAGUGGACUUAGAAUCUAUUAGAAGAAAACACAAGGCCAAAAAUGAACAAGAGCACCAUGCUGGAGGAGAGAACCAGAGAGACAUAAUGCAGAGGCAGUAUCUCACUUUUAAGCCUCAGACAUUCACCUACCGGGAUCCUGUGCUACGCCCCGGGAUCCUCGGUAACUUUGAACCCAAAGAACCUGAGCCUCAUGGAGUGGUUGGCGGCCCUGGAGAGAAUGCCAAGCCAUUGGUUUUGGGACCAGAACUCAAACAUGCAGUUCAAGCCAGCAUUAAAGAGUUUGGAUUUAACAUGGUGGCAAGUGACAUGAUCUCCCUGGACCGCAGCGUCAAUGACCUACGGCAAGAAGAGUGCAAAUAUUGGCAUUACGAUGAAAACCUGCUCGUUUCCAGCGUUAUCAUUGUUUUCCAUAAUGAAGGAUGGUCAACCCUCAUGAGGACAGUCCACAGUGUCAUUAAAAGGACUCCAAGGAAAUAUUUAGCAGAAAUUGUAUUAAUUGAUGAUUUCAGCAAUAAAGAACACUUAAAAAAAAAACUAGAUGACUAUAUUAAGCUGUGGAAUGGCCUAGUAAAGGUAUUUCGAAAUGAGAGAAGAGAAGGUUUAAUUCAAGCACGAAGUAUUGGUGCCCAGAAGGCUAAACUUGGGCAGGUUUUGAUAUACCUUGAUGCCCACUGUGAGGUGGCAGUUAACUGGUAUGCACCACUUGUAGCCCCCAUUUCUAAGGACAGAACCAUUUGCACUGUGCCGAUUAUAGAUGUCAUAAAUGGCAACACAUACGAAAUUGUACCCCAAGGGGGUGGUGACGAAGAUGGGUAUGCCCGAGGAGCAUGGGAUUGGAGUAUGCUCUGGAAACGGGUGCCUCUGACCCCUCAAGAGAAGAGAAUCAGAAAGACAAAAACUGAACCAUAUCGGUCCCCAGCCAUGGCUGGUGGAUUAUUUGCCAUUGAACGAGAGUUCUUCUUUGAACUGGGUCUAUACGAUCCAGGUCUCCAGAUUUGGGGCGGUGAAAACUUUGAAAUCUCAUACAAGAUAUGGCAGUGUGGCGGCAAAUUACUGUUUGUCCCUUGUUCUCGUGUGGGACAUAUCUACCGUCUUGAGGGCUGGCAAGGGAAUCCUCCGCCCAUUAAUGUUGGGUCAUCUCCAACGAUGAAGAAUUAUGUUAGAGUUGUUGAGGUCUGGUGGGAUGAAUAUAAAGACUACUUCUAUGCCAGUCGUCCUGAAUCAAAGGCAUUAGCAUAUGGAGAUAUCUCUGAGCUGAAAAAAUUUCGAGAAGAUCACAACUGCAAAAGUUUCAAAUGGUUCAUGGAAGAGAUCGCUUAUGAUAUCACCUCACACUACCCUUUGCCACCCAAAAAUAUUGACUGGGGAGAAAUCAGAGGCUUUGAAUCUGCUUACUGCAUUGAUAGCAUGGGAAGGACAAACGGAGGCUUUGUUGAACUAGGACCCUGCCACAGGAUGGGAGGGAACCAGCUUUUCCGAAUCAACGAAGCUAAUCAACUCAUGCAGUAUGACCAGUGUUUGACAAAGGGGCCUGAUGGAUCAAAAAUCAUGAUUACACACUGUAACCUAAAUGAAUAUAAGGAAUGGCAGUACUUCAAGGUAUUCUACAUUUCAACUUCCAAAAUAAUAAUAUGCAAUUUCAUUUUAAUAACACCUACCUUGUGGAAUUUAGAUGUAUAAAUCUUAAAACCUGCAUUCAAAUUGACUUGCAUUUCCCUCUCAUUCAGUCAUUUGUUUUCCUGAGCACUGAUGACUCCAUUGUUCCAUAAUGAAUCAUCCCUUUUAUUCUCUGGUGCAAUGUUGUCAUGUAACAAGGUCGCAAGAUGUCCGCAAAGGCCCACUAAUCUCAGUAACCCAGGAAAAUCAGUAUUCUGUGAGGGCAAAUACCUGUAACAAAAAAAAUAUUGUGUUUAUAUUUCAUGUUGUCCAGCAGGUGGCGUUGGAGACAGACAAAUAACACUUGGAAAUCUAGGCCUUCACUACUUCCUUAUCAUUGUUUUAUAGAUACAAUCGUUAGAUAAAUGUUGCCUGUUCCUUGCUUUAAAGGUCAUAUUUAGUUGACACUGUGGGAAGGAACAGUUUUUCUAUUUUAGCUGUGAAUAUUCAAGAGUUCUGUGCCAAGUUGAGGAUUCCAUCAUAUUGAUGGAUGGAUGUAUAAUUUUCAAAGUAUGCAUUUGGCUAAAAUAAAUUGUGAAACAUAAAGUUUGGAAAGCUACCCCAAACUGAAAUAACCUGGCAACCUCAACUUUAUUUACUCAUUUAAUAUAUG